AUGGCUGUUAAAGGAGUCGAGAUUUGUCUGAUCCUAGUCCUUCCGUUUAUACUUUUAGGUGGAGCCAUGGCGCAGUCGAGCUCAAGCUGCACCAGCACACUCAUGACCCUCUCCUCGUGUCUAAGUUACGUUACUGGAAACUCGUCCACUCCAUCAUCAUCCUGUUGCUCUUCUCUUGGUAACGUUGUUCAGUCACAGCCCCGGUGUCUUUGUACUUUACUAAAUGCUUCUGGUUCGUCUUUUGGCUUAAAUAUAAACCAAACUCUUGCUCUGGCACUUCCCGGGGCAUGUAGCGUUCGAACUCCUCCAAUCAGCCAGUGUAACGCCGUCGCUACUGGACCGGCCGUUUCCCCUUCACCUUCGCCGAUCAGCUCCCCCGCAGAUGGUUCUGAUGAACCGGCUAAGAGUCCUACUACCACCACCAUUCCCUCUGUUCCUCAAGGAACAGGAUCAAAGACAGAACCAAAUACCAGCGGAAGCACUUCUGAUGGAAAUAUCAUAAAAUCGCCAAUUCAUCUCGUGGCCAUGGCUUUAUUCGUUGCUGUGUGGGCUGCCACCGGCCGGAACUUUUAG